UCUUGCGCACGCGUAAUCGACAUCCGGCCACGUUAAAAUAGCUUAUUUGCAAGGAAUCAUUCGGGGUGUCACCAGGAAAAGUAGUGGACAGUAGUUGAAUAUUCUCGUCCGAAAUUUUUCGAAUCUCAAGGGAAUUUUAAAUGUGCGCGAAUCAAUAACGAAACAGCUACGCGCAACAGCGUCGUCGACAAAUAACCGAAAAAACAGCGAGAAUGGAUUGCUGGUCGGUUUGGCUGUUGCUCGUUUCGCUGCUCAGCGCAUUUCUUUUUACGGGCGGCGUCGAACUAACCUUCGAACUGGCCGACAAUGCCAAAGAGUGUUUCUACCAGGAGAUCGAGAAGAACGUAUCGUCUACACUGGAAUUUCAGGUGGUUACAGGUGGCCAGUAUGAUGUAGAUGUAACUUUAGAAGCUCCAAAUAAAGAAAUUAUCUAUAGUCAAGUAAAAACACAAUUUGAUUCACACUCUUUUAUUCCAACUAUGUCGGGAAUAUAUAAAGCCUGCUUUAGCAAUGAGUUCUCCACAUACUCACAUAAAUUGGUAUAUAUGGAUUUCCAAGUUGGUGACGAGUUGCCGCUCCCUGGUCUUGGAGAACACGUUACAGUCAUGACUCAGAUGGAGUCUUCUGCACAAGAGGUACAUAAGAAUCUCAUCAGCAUCUUGGAUUAUCAGACGCAUCAUCGUCUGCGUGAGGCUCAGGGUCGCAAACGGGCGGAAGAGCUCAAUGAGCGGGUGCUCUGGUGGUCGGUAAUGGAAACUGGCUGCAUCUUGCUCAUUGCUGUGGGACAAGUUUUCAUUCUGAAGAACUUUUUCACGGAUCGAAGCCCUUCCCAAAGUUAUUAAUGUGAUAGUGAAGUAACGGAAAGAGGAAUGACUCGUUCGAGGUAUACACGAUCGUCGAUCGACUCGUCUUCGUGACGAUGUUUUUUCAUCACCGGUUAAAGUGCCAUUGUAAUGCCUAUCGGUAAUGUUUGUCCUGGCGGAUCUUUUUAGUCGUAAAGAUCUCAACAAGGAUUUUUCCUUAUGAAAGAAUUCCGCUGAGAGAAUUCCGCGAUUAGAAUCCAAAGAGCCGAUGAAAAGUAUGAUUUGAAUCCUUGUACGUGCUACGUAUGCGUAUCAUAUUAAUUUAUGUCGAGGCUGAAAAUAUUUGAACACGGGUACUGAAAUACAACACUGAGCGAUCAGAAGGACAAGUGCAAGUGAUAGAACUCUUACAUCUUUCCUUCCCGAUGAACACUCAAGUUGUACUUAUACCGACACAGGAAUAAUAGAUACUGAAAGAGACGCUGUUUUUUCUUACUGUGAAUGUGUGACAUAAUAAAUUAAAGAAAUACUUGUAUGUAUAUUAUGUCUAUUUGUAUCGCCGAGCGAUUUACUUAAUUCCCGUUUCGUUACUUGCGCUUUCUGUUAUUUAUCUUAGAUAUUGAUUGAAAAGUUACUUAAAUAAACAGUUUAUUAUUUAUUUGUUUUCUUACGAUUUUUAAUACAAUUCUGUUUAUUCUGAAUGACCGACAAUUCAAAAUGAUAGUGUGUAAGGAAAUUUUUAUCCUGUCACGUAGCAUAUUACACAAAUUAUGAAUGCGUUUUCUUGUUUCGUACGUGGCAGGUGUCGUGCACAUUUUCCGUCGCAUGUGCGUUAUUUGAUAAGGCAUACACGAGUAGAAAAUAAAGUAAAUGAGGUCAGUAAUA